UUAGAGUUGGUUUCUACCUCUGUCAGUCGUUGCCUUUAAACAGAAUGAUAUAAUAGAUGAGAAGUAUGGAAACAUUCUGCAGCUCUGAAAUAAGAAUGCAGUGCUGGGGUACUACAAGUGGGUUACCCUUCAUGAAGUUGUAGAGCUAGUUCUAGAGCUAAUAGAAUUGUGUGUUUCAGCCAUAUUAAUAUAUACAUUCAUCGGCUCCAUUACUGAUCUUGUUUUUCCAAACCAAACUUCAUGCAGUAGCUGUUACUGAAUUUUGUAGCAUGUGAUAUGCUACUCCAGACAUAAACACAACUUGUUUUAUACUUUAUUAUAGUUUCUUGUAAAUACUGUCAGCUUUACACGCAUGGUCUAUUAGGCUGCAGCAUUUGAAUUGAAAGAGGCGCUUGACCCUUGCCUCAUAAGUAUAACAGGCUUCCAGGGUGGUCAUGUAAACGCUGCCGAGACAAACUGUACAGACUAAAAAUACAACACGUGGCUGCUUCAAACGAGCUUGAUCUGUACAGCGCUCCGGGAUUAAGAGGUUCACAACCAAGCAGGUUUAUCAGAGGUCAAGAUCUGUGUUCUUCAGAGAGGACGCUUUAAUCCCUGAACUGGGAACCAGGAGGGUAAAGGUAUGAAUUGAGGGCACCUGUUGGGAACAAUUUUCUAUGAAAAAUACCCCAAAACACGAGGCUUGUCUUUGAGAAUCUCUGAACAGGAUUACCCUGCUUCUAAUUCCUCGAUCAGUGUCCUGGAGAUGUGAGCGCUUUGAGCCGCGCACAGUGCAUCAGAAGGUAGGGGUCUUAUUUGAAACUGCUUUGGAACUGACUUGCUGUAUCUGAAGUUUGUCAUUUAGUGGUGGGGCAAACAUUAGGAUGUGUGAAUAUUGUAUUUUUUUCACAAUAAAGUAGUUAAGAAAGCAACAAAACAAUGCUUUUUUAAAUUAAAAAAUACCCUUUUUAAAUUUAGUUUCCAAUUAAGAAAAUGUUCUGGUGGUUUUGCACGUUUACUUUUUCCAUACAAUGAAUAAACUGAUGGAUUAAAAUAAUAAUCAUCUACAUUGCAAUUCAGUGUGUUUCAGUAUUGAUCAAAACACUGGAUCACGAGUCAAUCAGACAAACAUUUCAGCUAGUUUCUUCACCAGGGUACAGGGCACUGCUUAAACUACUAGCUUGUCUCCUUGAUUUAGUUUAUAUGUUUUAGUACUGGAUUGAAAACUUACCACUAAUGUAUUAUCUUUAUAUCUGAGAAAAUGUGUUUUUUUAUGGACUAUCAAUAGCUGCAGCGGGUUAAAUGUGACAGUGUGGAGUCUGAAUGCAAACCAGCAACCUACGCACACGGCAAGCGAGCAUCCUAACCGCUAUACAAACCAGCCAGGCUCCUCUGCAUGAACAUCAAGUUCAAGUGUUUUACAUUUAACACCAUGCAUGGUGUUUGAAGUGUCCAAACCCUGCAGUACCUGCACAGCAUGACAAAACUGCAGCAUGCAUUUGAAUCAUCUGGUGGAACAAGCAAAUAAACCAAUCCAUUUGAAGCCGCUGGCUGUGUGUUUUCUACACCCUUGUAGCCCUGCAUUUUAUAUCAGCAUCUAGUGAAAGAAGACCCUCUCUGGAUGCUACAGCCACCUACGGUCCCCAGAGGUCAAAGGGGCUGUGCCUGAAUCCUCCCCACCCCCAGCUCCCUGGGUCAGUACACUGACCUGCAGCCAGUGAUAAGAACUAGCAUGGAAUGCAGGUGCUGUCAGCAGCACUAAGGGCUUGUAUACAUUACUGUGAGAAAUGCCAGACGGUGGGAAGAAAGCACAGGAUAAACAGCUGGGAGAUGGGGGGGCGUAUUAUUUAAACAUAUUUUGCAAUAACAUUCUGCAGCACAGCGCUGGACGCGCUACACAGUACCCUCUUGCAGCAGCACACCGAAGCACACUUUAUUGAGGGUUCUGUGCAGAGUCGGGUACGGCCCUGCAGGUUAACAAACACAUGCUGCUGCUGGAGAUGCCCAGAGUGAUUCUGAAUGGGGGUCAGAUGCCGUUGUGUGCACUAUGAGUCAUCCCUGGUCCCGCUUGGUUCACCAGCGCUCCCUCUCUCUCUCUUCCCUCUUCACGGCCAGCCCUCCCCAGGGAGACAGCCUCCAGACCCCCACACAGAGCUGCGCUAACGAGACGAAGCAGAAGGUGAGCCGGGAGUCCCAUUUGCCCAGUAAGGAGAAGCUGAAACAGCAGCACAGGGACUUGGACGCUCUCCUCGCCAAAGUGACAGCAGCAGGUUACAAAAAGAAUCCCUCAAAAAUGUUCAACGUCACAAGUGAGCAGGCUCCUGAGCUGGAGGCAGCGCUGGGACCCUGUGACAAUGCGGAGAGGCCAGGGGGCAGCGACGACAGCGAUGAGGAUAACUGCACCGAGGACCUCUUGGCUUCUUCCUGGGACAACCUCUCCAUCUUAGAACGCCUGGGUCUCAACAGUGUCCAGAUGACAGAAGAAGAGAUAGAGUCUGCCUUCACUCACCUGUCCCUGGCAUUCAAGUGUGACCAGUACACUCUGAGGAAGAGGCUGCAGGCGGAGGAGCGGGCGAGAGACGUCACUGAGGAGAACGUUCACCGCGAGCUGGAGGAAGGGAGAGCCACACUGCAGACUCUGAAGGCUCUGUGUCUGGACAGUAAGAGGAACGAGAUCGUACAGCAGCUGGAGCAGAGCCUGGAGAUCCUGUCCAACACCAUCAAGCGCAUCGCCAGCACAGCCGAGCUGCUAGGGGCUGUGCAUCAGGAGGCGAGGGUGAGCCGCGCGGUGGAGUUGAUGAUCCUUCACGUGGAGAAUCUAAAACAGCAUCACGUGCAAGAACUCUCCGAGCUAGAGGAGGCGAAGAGGCUGGUCCAGAGGAACUCCCGCACCCUGAAGUUCAGCGAACCUCACGAUGAAAGCGACAUCCGUCAAAAACUGCAGCACCUGAGAUUAUCCCAGCAGCACAUCUCCCGCAGGAGAGUGAGUAUCGCUGUCAUCCCCAAACAGCUGCAGAACGUCCCUUCAUUCCAGCACUUCCACAGCUCAGAAUCGAGAGGCUCCGACAAUGGGAGAGCCAGCAUGGAUUCAGAUUCAAUGCGAGCGAUGGUGGAUAACGGGCGUGUCAGUAACAGAAGGAUGAGCGGACACCUCUGUAAAGCUAACAAGAAAUUUGGGUGUACUCAGUCCCCAAUGGAAGGAUCCCAGGAUAGCUGCCCCCCCCAGCCACCCCUCGAGCCCCUACCAGCCACGGGACAUCCCGCCGACAGCAGGGAAUGGGAGGGGGGCGGGAUGUGUUUUAACAGCAGUGGCCAGGAGACUUUACGAAAGAGAAAGAAGAGCCGUGAGAUUGUGGAGACGCUGCGAGCAGAGCAGGAGAGAGAGGACACGGAGGACGAUUUCAGCGACUGUGUCAUCAUGGAAACGUGUGCACGCUCCCGAAUCCUGCGCCCCGCUCUCCUCUCCAGGCUCCUGCCCUCCCGCUGGCUCCUCCUCUGGAUGCUCCUCAUGAUGCUCUCCUGCGUGCUGCUCUGGGGCGCUCUCUCCUGCCGGCUGUGGGCACCCAUCUUCGGGCCCUGAGUACAUGGGCACAGCCCCUCCCACUCCUCACAGCCCCCACUGUGUGUCGCUUGAAACAGAAAAACACUGUUUCGAGUGUGACAAAGCAGUCUGGCAGCUGCAUUCUGGACAAGCUGAGCCUUCCAAGUUUAGUGACGGGUAUACCAAUAAAUAAGGACUAUACAAUGAGAUGUCAUUUUACAAGGACUCCCUAGGAGACAGCAGAGACGAGCCAGCUAACUUUACAGUACGUUUCGAUUGUUAAUCGUGAUUUUUCUUGAUUUUUGUUUUCCUCCAAAUUAGAUCUUCAAUAGAGAAAUGCAUUGAAAAGAAUGGUAACUGAACGCCAGUAUUUGUUCAAUUCAUCUUAAAAAAUAUAUUUUAAAAAAAUGUAAUAAGUUGUGUUAAGAUGAAAAAUGAUGUAAUAUCCUUUGCCACUGCUGUAAAUAUGAAUGGAUAAUUAUUGUGAAUUGCUGUAUCUCCACAUUACAAUAUCAACUCAUAAUGCAUCCUUUUUAAAUACAGUUUGAAAGAGUA